UUCAAAAUUUCAAACCCGCCAAAAAAAGGUCGCCGCCUCUCUCUCUCUCUCUCUCUAGCUGUUUCCGUUCAUCGGAGGUUGGAAGAUGGCGUCGAUCCCGUCGGUCAAUCCAUCGGAAUCUCUACAGAAGCUUCCCAGUUACAGCAGGAAGCAGAAAUCCCUCGGCCUUCUUUGCUCCAACUUCUUGAGAUUAUACGAUCGAGAAGGCGUGGACUUGAUCGGCCUCGACGAGGCCGCGUCGCGAUUAGGCGUGGAGAGGCGACGGAUCUACGAUAUCGUCAACGUUCUGGAGAGCAUUGGAGUUCUAGUAAGAAAAGCCAAGAACCAGUAUACCUGGAAAGGGUUCGGAGGAAUUCCCGGGGCUCUAAAAAAGCUUAAGGAAGAGGGGUUGCGGGAGAACUUCAGCGUAUCCAAUUUUGCUAGCUACAAUAGAGUAUCAGAUGACGAAGAGGACGAUGAAGUAUAUUCUGAUCCGAACAUUAGUAGUCAGGAGGACCAAUCCAACCCUGCACCGGUGCUCCAAGCUUCUGGAUCAGCAACAUCAGAUAAUAGAAGAGAGAAAUCUUUGGGACUUUUGACUCGAAAUUUUGUGAAGAUUUUUAUCUGCUCAAAUGUGGCUGUGUUCUCCCUUGAUGAAGCUGCUAAAAUAUUGCUGGGAGAUGGUCAGAGUUCAAUCAUGAGAAGUACCAAAGUAAGGCGACUCUAUGACAUUGCCAAUGUAUUGUCUUCUAUGAACCUUAUUGAGAAGACCCAUACUACAGAUACGAGGAAGAAUGCUUUCAGGUGGUUAGGGCCCAGAGAGAAAUGGACUGGAUCUGUUGAUGCUCUAAUCAUCGAUGACCCUAAGAAGAGAAUGUUUGGUACUGAAAUCACGAACACUGAUUUCAAGAGAAAUAAAAUGAGUCCCUUAGUUGAGGGAGUUCCAAACAUCAAUUCAAAGGCACAAAAACAGUCGAAGAACGAGAAACUAAUAAAGGAGCUCAGCAGAAGCAAGUCAGAGCAGGACUCAAAAGAGAAUUCAAAGAGCUACCAGUUUGGUCCUUUUGCUCCUCACAACAUUCCCAAAGUCAUUGCCUCGAGGACCGAGAACAGAAGUACGCAGCAUCAACCCCGUGACUGGCAGAGUCUUGCAUCUGAGUAUAGUCCUCAAUAUCACAACCAAGCCUUGAGGGAUAUCUUCGGCCACUACACGGAAGCAUGGAAGUCUUGGUUCUCUGAAGUUGCUGGGAAGAGCCACUCUAGCGCAGAUACAUGAUGCUCCCGGGGGUCUCUCUGAAUUUGGCAGGCACCUAGCCGAUUGCUCUUCAUCCUCCAUUGGAAAGGGAGGUGAUCUUGUUUUGUGCAUAAUCUCGAUGCCGUAACUUUCAGUAGUCUUCUUUUGUACAUCACAACAUACAAGCAUAUUACCAUUCUACUCGUUUGGUAAUAGUCGACUACUUUGAUGGGCACUCUCUUCUAGGCGGCAUCCAGUUUUAGCAUGCGUAUGAUCACGUCGUGGGGGGCAAGUGUGAAUUGGAAGAGAAGAUGGCGCAGAAAUAGAUUGAAUCUUAAGGUGCUGCAGCACAUGAUGUAUGUCGUCGCUGCAUCGAAGACGGAUACGAGGGGCGGCAAAGGAUGGAUAGAUGCAGCAUAAGACAAUUCUUAAUUUGCAUAAAUUGCAGUUUUACCAUAUAUAGCUCCCUAUAUGAUAACCCGAUUCCUUGAUUUUACUAUUCA